AUGGUCUUCAAGUGUGCAGAGCCUGUGUGGUUCCCUUCUGCACAGCUGGAGAACACGGAUGUGAGCCGGCUGAUAGCCAAAGUCCCAGUUGCUGUGACUGACGUGGAACACAGCCCACAGACAGUGACAGGCACCCACGAGAUGAGGGCAGAGGGAAUGUCCCCCCUCCUGGCUCUGGGGCUCCUGGUGGCUGGGCUCUGCUCCAGUGUCCACUGCCUCCCAGGGGGUGGGCUUGACCCGGAGGAUGUGACCCCAGAGGACCAACACAAAGGGGCGCCUGUGGACGACCACACUUUCGUCUCCAGCAACACCGACUUUGCCUUCAGCCUCUACAAGCAGUUGGCUUUGAAGACCUCCAAUGAGAACGUCAUCUUCUCCCCACUGAGCGUCUCCAUGGCCUUGGCCUUCCUGUCCCUGGAGGCCCGCGGACCCACCCUGACGGAGACCUUGGAAGGCCUCAAGUUCAACCUCACAGAGACCGAGACAGAAAUCCACCAGGGCUUCCAGCACCUCCUGCAGACGCUCGGCCGACCCAGCGACCAGCUGCAGCUGAGCGUGGGCAACGCCAUGUUCGUCAGGGAGCAGCUGAAGCUUCUGGACAAGUUCAGGGAAGAUGCCCGGGCGCUGUGUGCCUCCGAGGCCUUCUCCACCGACUUCCGGGAUUCCGACACUGCCAAGAAGCUCAUCAAUGACUAUGUGAGGAAUAAAACGCAGGGGAAAAUUGUGGAGUUGUUCAAGCACCUUGACAAGCUCACAGAGAUGAUGCUGGUGAAUUACAUCUUCUCUAAAGCCCAGUGGAAGAAGCCCUUUGAUCCCAGCCGUACUUAUAAGUCAGAGUUCCACGUGAACAAGAACAGGACAGUGGAGGUGCCCAUGAUGACCACUGGGGACCUGGAAACGCCUUACUUCCGGGACGAGGAGCCCUGCACCGCGGUGUAGCUCAGGUACACCAGCGACAACAGCGCGCCCUUCAUCCUCCCUGACGAGGGCAAAAUGCACGACCUGGAGGCCAAGCUGCUCCCAGAGACGCUGAGGAGGUGGAGAGACUCCCUGCAGCCCAGGGUCACAGAUGUGUUUGUGCCCCGGGUGUUCAUCACCGGAAACCUCGACCUGAAGAAGACUCUCUCCUACCUGGGCAUCACCAGAAUCUUUGAGGAAUACGGUGAUCUCACCAGAAUCUCCCGUCAUCGAAGCCUGAAAGUGGGUGAGGCGAUGCACAAGGCUACCCUGAAGAUGGAUGAGAAGGGCACAGAGUGGGCCGCGGGCUCUGGAGCACAGACACUGCCCGUGGAGACACCGUUUAAGGUCAAGAUAAACAAACACUUUCUGCUGAUGAUUAGGGAGAAUGGAAUGAAUAAGCUGCUCUUCCUUAGAAAGAUUGUUAAUCCUUCUGGGAGAUAAGGGGGAAAUCUGACUUGCUACAGACCUCAACUAUGUUCUGGGGUUGAAUGCGUUUUGUCUCCCUGGGAUUGAGACCACAGGGACUUUCUCACCUCAUCUCACACUGUCAUGCGCUCCCCAAACCACUGUCCAAACAGGCCGCACCACUGACUUGUGGCCAUCAGUUUUCUCCCCAUUCAAAUGUCAGGAUUAGAUGCUCCACCCACAACCACUUGACAGUGAUCUUCUCCCCCUCUGGCCGGUGGAGGGGUUUUGUGAUUUAAUAAACAACACCCCCAAGGUCUGCUGACUGUUGGUGGACAAUAUGGGGAAGCUGUGAGCCACGAUGAGUACCUGGGGUUCAGAAUGAGUGAGACCCGGGUUCUAAUCUUAGAAACAAAGUGUCUUUGGGAAAGCCAUACCCUCUCUGUGCCCCUGUUUCCCUACAGAAACAGACAAUGAUUGAGGACAAAUGAUAAUCCCCUCGAGGGCUC